AUGCAGAGCCGUGCUGCCAAUCUGCCAGCAGAUGGCACCAGAGGCGCCGUAGGGCGCGCCGUGCCCGUUGGGAGGUGCUGGGGACCUCAGGGUCUGAGUGCGGUGAUGGGGAACGUGAACGCGCCCCAGCUCUGGUGGCGAGGAGUGGAAACUCAGGCGAAGCCGAGCGCCGUGGAGACCCAGGGGGAACGGAAGCGGAUGGCACUUCUUGAUUAUCCCAUUCCCGACCUGGAUAACACUCUGCAAGAGGCGGGCCGUAUUCUCCAGCUCACACUGAGCGCUGACCGUUACCCUGAGUUCAAAAACACACUGGCACAGCAGCGCGAGGUCCUCCACAAGGCUCAGCAGAAACUGGGAGCCUCCGCCUUGGGCCGGGAAAACUGGGUGACGGAACAGUUCAAGAGUCGGUUGCUGUAUUGUUUUGACCCUCUGCCCACAUCUACUGCCCUCCCUGCUGUUCUCCCCACUUCCAGAGCAAAUAGAGAGUGUACCCAGUUGGAAAGGGCAGCUGCUCUGCUCUGGGCGGUGGCAAAACUAUAUAGUGAGCCCAUGCUGGUGGAGGGAAAUGAGCCAACUGAGCGUACACAGCAGUCUGAGGUGUUUGCUGCCUGCCGCAUUCCUGGCAAAGAGCAGGAUGAGAUUAAGGUGUACCCAAAUAGCCUCCAUGCGCUCAUCAUCUCUGCUGCAGGAGUGUUUCCUGUUAACAUACUGUGGCGUGCCAGUACUGGGGGACCAAUGUCUGCUCUGCCAUUCCCUGACAUCUACAACCAGGUGGCUCAGGUGAUGAACCAACCCACUGCAGAGAAACAAAACCACCCCUCUGCCAUCUGCAGCUUGUCUGCCCUAGAGCGCAAGUCCUGGGCUGUCCUCAGAGAGGAAAUCCUGGGGCGAGGAGGGGAUUCAGCAACAUCCCUGGAGCUAAUGGAGAGCGCAGUGCUGGCUCUUUCUCUGGAGGACUGCAACCCGCCCACUGGACUAGCCGAUACCUUAAACGCUGUCAGGUUGGGAGGUAGAGACAGACCCUGUCUGAGAUACUACGACAAGGUGUUGAACCUGGUGGUGUUCACGGACAGCACAGCAGGAAUGGUGUUUGAGCACAAGCAUAAAAACCUCAUUAAAGCAACCAAAAGUGGCCAGGGAGUUGGGCCUCAUAUUGCAGCACUACGCUGGUCCAUUCCCUCUGACAACCCACUGAGGAAGUUCCUGGACCCCUUUGGAUGCCCUUCCAUUUACCUCACAGGUAAAGAUAUGAUGGAAGGCGUUGAGUGUGCAGUUGGGAAUGUCUAUGCUACAGAUCAAUUAGCUGUAACUUAUCUAGGGAGGAGAGACAAGGUCCGCAUGGUGCUCAGUGGGAAAGGCAGCUUUGCUGUGGUACUGGAGAAGCUGAAAGAGAGCUUAGAGGUUAACUUGAAGCUAGUGAUGCUUUUAGCUGUUAGGUAUGCUAUCGCAUGCCAGAUGGGAGCCCUGGAGUGUCUACUCCAACAAGGUCAAGCAGGGCAAUUAAAUGGAGAGAUAUUCCAUUCUCCAGGACGUCAAAAACCAUGCAAAGGAACAAACAAUACAAACACUGCCUCUGACAGGAGCCCAGACUAUACUCUGGUGAUCCAUGGUGGGGCUGGAGAGGAAAUUAUGUUGAACACCAAAGUGGUGGGAGUUAUUGAGUUUGCCCUUCAGACAGCAUUGACACUUGGUAACCAAGUACUUCAUCAAGGUGGCAGUAGUCUGGAUGCAGUUCAGAGAUCAGUGGAGGCUCUAGAGGACUGCUUCCUCUUCAAUGCAGGCAAAGGCUCCGUAUUCAACAAAGACAGCAAAAACGAGAUGGAGGCCACCAUUGUAGAUGGCUAUAAAAUGAAAUCUGGAUCUGUUGCCUGUCUGAAAUCUGUAAAGAACCCAAUAAAAGCAGCAAGAUCUGUCAUGGAUAAAAGCUCCCACUCCCUCAUAGUAGGAGAUGGUGCUGAGGAGUUUUUGCAAAGCUUGGGGAACACAGAGAAACCAAUGGGGCCUGAGUAUUUCUACACAGAUGUACGUCAUAAAGAGUUAAUCAUGAAGCUCAGUGGUGACAAAAAUUCAAAAAAUAAUCAUCCCCAGACAGUAGGAGCUGUGGCUUUGGAUCACUGGUGCAGACUGGCUGCAGCAACAUCUACAGGUGGGUUAGUAGGGAAGCUGAAAGGUCGAGUUGGGGAUACAGCAGUGGUAGGGGCUGGAAUAUACGCUGAUGACAAGCUUGCUGUUACCUGCUCUGGAGAUGGAGAUGUGUUUCUGAGACACACAGUUGCACACAAGGUUGCCAGUCUCUACCAUCACAAAGGCUACAGCCUCAGGAGGGCAUGUAGAGAAGUGAUGACUGAGAACCUGAGAGGGAGUUGCGCAGGAAUCAUUGCUGUUGAUGCUAAAGGUGAUGCUGUCAUUGAAACCAAUGCAGGUGUGUUUUUUGUAGCCUCCAUGACUGCUGGCAUUUCACGAGUGGAAGUCUUCAGACCUAUGAGGACCUUCUCUCAUGUGAUCUGGGAAACUGAUGAGCUGGUUACGUACCUACAUUCAAACCCCUGGACGCCAGGGGCAACCAUUCUCACAAGAAAAACUCUAAGUGGACCAAGCAGCAUUUUCCAGUUAGCAGUACCUGAUUUUUUAUCUAUGCUACAAGGAGCAAGAAUUGUGUCAAAUCUGCUGUGUGAGCGACUGGGAGUGCAACGCUGUGCCUUGGUUUUCUAUCCAAAACCUGAUCAUCCAGCCCAGAUCAGACUGCUCCCACUUCAUGGCCUAGAUCCCACUUGGUGCCCCCAACUGAGUGAAGAUGAGGAAUUUUAUGCUUAUGAUCCUGGAUACUGCAGUUCAAAGAGUGGUCCUCGCUGGAAUGACGAAAUACUGGAUGGAGUACAGGGCAAGAUUAGAAACAAGUUACCAACACCGAAUGCUCCUCCCUGCAAUGACUUUUUUGGAGAUCCUUCAGAUGAUGGUCUUUUCUCUCGUAUUGUACGGGGAGAGGAAAAACAGUGGAGAGUGUGGGAGGACAGUGAGCAUGUUGCAUUCCUCACCCCAUACCCCAACACCCCUGGACUAACUGUCUUGGUGCCGCGCAAGCCACUAUCUAGUGACAUCUUCAGGCUGCAGGAAGCUGACUACAAUGCACUGAUCCUAGCUGCUUAUAAAGUAGCUCAUCUACUGGAAGAGGGGAUGAAAUCUCGAGGUGUUGCACUCAUCUUUGAGGGUUUUGAGAUUGACUAUGCUCAUGCUAAGCUGAUCCCUCUGGUACCUUUACCAGAAAACACCAUAUGCGGAGAACUGAAGCUAGAAUACUUCCAAAGCUACCCUGGAUAUGUAUCAUCUCUAGAUGGCCCAACUGGCUCCUCUGAGGCUCUCGAGAAGAUCCACUCUAAGAUCACCCACUGCCAGCCUCCUCGUUCAUGGGAAGACCCUCAGACCCAUUCCACACUUGCCAUCAAAAGUCAAUGGUAUUGCAACCUAUUCCAGAUCCAGAAUACACUCUUCCACAGCACAGUAGAAUAUUUCCACAAUACCUGCCAGUACUCCUAUGCUCUGACCCCUCUCACGACUGAUACUAUCUCUUCCCCAAUGGGCCUUGGAUCCGACUCAGAGCCAGUUUUCGUCAACAUGUUGGGCCAGGGUAUAUACCUAGCUGAUUCAAUGCAGUUUGUUUUAGAGUACUUCCUCCGCUUCCAAAAGAACUUGCCUGGGACCUACUAUGUAUCUCCCAGCUUCAGAGGGGAAGACCCUGAUGCCACACAUCUGAAUCAGUUCUACCAUGUAGAGUGUGAGCUGUUGGGUGAUAUGAACAAUGCCAUUCACAUAGCAGAGGGAUACUUGGCUCAUGUAACCAAUGCAAUGUUGAAGAAACACUCUAAUAUACUUCUUAGCACUGCUGGAACCCUGACACAUGUCACUGAUAUGCUCAGUAAACUGGAUGGGAAAACUCCUCUGCCAAGGGUCACUCUUGAUGAGGCCAUUCCCAUGAUGCCCUCUGCUGACUGCCUUGAGUGGGUACAAGAUGGCCAGCCCCAGUUUGGCAGGAAGCUAACCCGUAAAGGGGAGAAGGUCCUGAUAGAAAAAUAUGGUGGAGCCGUUUGGCUGACUGAGAUGGACCACCUAGGAGUUCCCUUUUAUCAGGCCUAUGUGGAAGGCACAGGACAGUGCAAGGCCAAGGCUGCUGACCUUCUGCUAGGGUUGGGAGAGACUGUAGGUCUUGGUGAACGCCAUUCCACCCCUGAGAUGGUACAAGAGGCCCUAAGGCACCAUGCAGUUCCAGAGGAGUCCUACAGGUGGUACAUUAACAUGCGUGAAGUAAUACCACUACUCACCAGUGGGUGGGGCAUGGGGACAGAGCGCUACCUGUGCUGGCUUCUCCAACAUGAUGAUGUCAGAGACAUUCAUAUUAUACCCAGAAUGAAGGCAAGAAAGUACAUGCCUUGA